AUGUCUUCGGGAUCGGACACAGAACUAUCAGAAUGGAACAAAUCCCCGGGUUCUCGGCCAACCAACAAUCUAUAUCAAAGAGACUCAAAUAGAGUCUCUUUCGAGUCUACAUCAUCCAAAGGAUCGCCCUCAGCACAUGGAACAUCUUCAAGUGAAUCGAUCUCCGUGCGUGGAGACAUAUUAUACCCGACCCCGGCAUCUGCUCCGAAUACUUCAACAACACCGAACUCUGCUCCGAUAGGGCCUACCGAGAUCGAAAAGAGUCAAGUAUCAUCAGGGCUCCAGAGCGAACAAAAUAUUGUAGAAGCUCAAGUCCCUCAAGUCGCACAUGCCGGUCUCGGUUCUGCUCAGGAACAAGCCACACCCGAAAACCCAUGGGGCCAAUAUGUCCCUUCCAUGCCCAGCAGUGCCACCCCUUCUCGCGGUGGUAAGACUGGUGGUCGAAGAGGUAGAGGUGGCCGUAGUCAGCUGAAAAGUACCAUUGACCCUGUGACCGGCGAAGCUAUCCCAGCGUCAGCUAGUCGCGGACGGACAGUUAAUCGCGGUGGUAGGCCACGAGGUUCGCGUGCCGGCGGCUCUACGAACAGAGGCGGUCGACCGAGGGGCAGUAAAGCAGGCGUUAGCUCUGCGACUUCGCGACGCGUGAGCAGCGGUAAGCGAAAGCGUAAACACGGUGAUUCUGACGAGUCUGAUGAUGGGGGGAAUACUUCUGGGUCUGAAGCGAUAAAUUUACCCAUGCUGAGCAGUUCUGGCCGGAGAAUCACGCAGGCCAGUAGUUAUACGCCUGCAGUUUCGUUUGCGGAUUUAGAAGACGAGGCAACGCCAGGUUCAACGGCGAAGAAAGCGAGAGUGACUUUCCACGGUAUAGCUGGAGCGGUUGGAUUGCCCUCCGCUAUAGCGUCUUCGGAAAGGAGAAAGAAACAAAAGAAAGUACCUAGUGCGAGCGCCGUGUGUAAGAAUUGUGGGAGGGGUCAUUCGCCACAGAGUAAUCAGAUCGUCUUCUGCGAUGGAUGCAAUACCCCGUGGCAUCAGUAUUGUCACGAUAGGCCUAUCACUCCGACAGUGAUACUGCAUGAAGAGAAGGAAUGGCAUUGUGCUGAUUGUGCAGUCAUGGCUAAUAUUGAGAAGGCAGGCGAGGGGAGGGUAAGCGCAACUGUGCUAGCACAGAGUAGUGGAGUAGAGCGGAGUCUGAAAUGGCAGCGGGAUUACUUGUUGGGGCAAUCGAGGGAAGUACUCGUGAACAUGCUGUUGAACUUGAAGGAAAAAUGGGACGAGGAUCUUGCACUCUUUGAGUACAACGCCUCCUUCAUGCCAAAUGCAGUAGCAGUGCUAGAGGGUAAAGCGGACGAGAUGUCGUCUGCUGCCGGGAGAGUGACGAUACCUGAUGAUGACGAAAUACACGAGGAGCCUUUGCCAUAUCCUAAAAUGGGUAAUGGUUUGGUACUAUCGAAAGGUACUUUGGAGGAUGAUUGGGAUCUUAUGGUUGACGAGAGCGUGAGUACAUUCAGUCACUCUUGGCAGCAAGAUGGUAUAUGGCAUGGUCAGCUUGCCAACGAGUUGCCGGUUUUGGGAAUUGGGACGCUGGGAGCUGGCAUAACCAUUGGUGUUGGUGCGUGA